AUGGCCUCGAGCCCCACCAAGAACGUCCUCAGGGCUCGUCAUUCCAAGUCGAGCCUUAGUCGAGCAUCCCCGUCACGGCCCGGCAACAGCAGCGGUAGCAGUCGCGGUGGUGGAGCUGCUGGUCCUGGCUCACCUGUGGGCGCCACUACCAAGUCACGACGGGCGGCGCAUCAGAGGACAGACUCGUCGGAGGGCGAUGGAGACAGUGAUGAUUGGGAGGAUCACGAAGAUUCCAAGAAACGCCGAAAGGAACAAGACCAAAUUGUCGCUUCGGCACCCACACCAACCCCCACCAACCGAGCUCGACCUGCCCCCACCCCCAGCAAGAAAUCGCAAACUGCCGGUCUGGGUCGACGACUUCGUUCACUGCUCUUGCUUUUGCUCGGACCGAGUGCUCGAGUCGGUACCUUCGGCAUAUCCAUGGUGUGGUCAUGUUUCAUGUAUCUUCUCCCCCUCAUCUGCGCCAUCGGUUUGGCAUGUUACUGCCUCUCUUCCGUUCGGUCGUUCGGUAAAUCGUUACUACUCCUAUUACCCUCGGCCCCAUCUUUGGCACCCCUCACGGCCCUCUACUGCUCGACGAUCCGGUUAGGCUGCAAUCGCUCAGCACCGACUCAAGCCGAAAUCGAUUACCAGAACAUCGUCUCCCAAACGACCAGAACUACCGCCGUUAAAGUCGAGCAGGCGAAAGAUAUUUUCGGGAGCUUGUUGAACCUCGGCGAUGGGUCGGCCGGAAGUGCCGGCGCUCUGCACCCGGUUGAGAUGUGGGAGUUGGCCACGGCGGUCAAGUACUCGGGCUUGGCGGAGAGGGACUUCUUGGGCGCGCAGCUGAAUGAUCUAGGUGAGCUCGCGGAGAUUCAAGAAUUCCACCCGGGAAGCCCAGGCUGAAUCCGAAGAGUUUUUUGCCGUGCUCACCACAGGCAAUGUCGUCCGAUCUCUCAAAGACAACCUCAUCGAGAUCAACUCAUUGGGGAUAAAUUCGCUCACCUGGGUCAUUCAUCAUUUUGACCGCCUCUAAAUCAUCAUCAGUAAAGCUCACGGCGAAAAGGAGUCGAACAAGCAAAAACGACGACGGCGUUCGACGGCGGAGAACGACCGACUUUCCGCAUCCAUCAACGAGGUUUACGAGCAAAUCGACUUCCACCUCCAAGCGAUCCUCGACAAGCUCGAAAUGACGAUACCGCUUUCGACGCGCACGUCGGAUCAAGCACGACAGUUGUUCGACGAACUGAGUCGCGAGGAUCGGAGGAUCGACGAGAUGCGCCAAGAAUCCAGUCCCUUGAUGCGCUUCAUCUCCGAAUCAGGCGCAUUGGUCGUAGGAACGAAAAGCAACUUCAAGGCACGACAACUGAAAAAGGACUAUGACCUCACGCGGGUGUCGGCGAGUAGCGUCUCGGUCCUUCAUCGUGGGUUGGAAGAGACGAGGACGUCCUUGUUGGAGUACAAGCAUGGGGUUGGGAGUUAUAAGGCGAGUGUGAUUGGCUAUCAGUUGGGUGGGGCGGGGUUGGACGUCGACGAGGAGGUCGAGCAUUUAGAGAAGGUCAUGGAUGAUUUCAAGAGGACGCUGCAGGAGGUAAAGAAUAGGAGCAAACCUGGGGGCAGUGGGGCCAAGACGCUACCGAUGUAG